CUUCUCUAUAUUUGGAAAUCAAUUCACUUACAAAAAGGAAAAGGAAAAAUGUAUUCUUUCCACAUACCAUACCAUACCAUACUGAUCUUUCUAGUUUCUACAUUUGAUUAAUAACCUUGACUUCCGAUAGUUAUUGACUUGGAAAGUUGUCCAUCUUAAUCAGUUAAUCAGAGACGCAUUUGCCUUUUGUUUAUGUUUUGUGUAUCCAUCCAAUCAUUAUAAAGUCUAAUACUAUAUGUAGAAUUUUCAUGUAAUGGGUGAAGACAUUUGGUAUCAUAGUGGAAUGACACCCAUCAUUCAUUAUUCUUGCCAAAUUCGCAAGCGAAAUUUGACGCUGACACCCGACGAGCUAGGGGCCCACCUUCAGCUGAAAUCUGAGACCCAACCUAUACACACACUCACACGCACCUCUUAUCCCCCAGCUAUGCAUUUGAAUCUAUCGGUAAAUCCAACCUUUUAGCUCAGGAUUUGGGGUUCCUUCUUUCUUGGGUUUCCUUAAUUUUCAUGCACAUGGUUUAAAGUUUUAUCCCCGCGUUAACUGAAGGACUUUGCUUCUCUUGUUCUUUCUUGUUUAUCUCAGCUUACUGAAACUCUAGCUGAAAUGGAUAUUUGAGUUUUUUGGAGCAUCUGAUCUUGUUUAACGUUUCAUAUCCCUUUUUAAUGGCUUUAUAGCUUAGCUUAUAAACUGUUUGAAAUUUGUCUUUGGUUCGAAGGAUCGUUUUCUGGUGUCGUUUGUUUUUACUUGCUGUUCUGUUGCCCAGUCUUUUUCUUUAUGAAUACUUAUAUAUCCGGAAAAGAGAAGAAGUAGAAAGCAAGUUUCCCUGCCAAAUCUUUGCCCACCUGAACUAAAGAAAACGAUGCUUUGAUAAUUUAAGUAAUCUGGGCUGCUUGGCAUCUCAAGCUUUUGAAUUGGACAUUGUUUGUUUCCUUAUUUAAGUUUAGUAGAUUCACCAAUUUCUUAUUUUAUUAUAAAGUCGUGAUCUUGGAUAAAUAUAUGAAUCCCUUCUUAUCGAAUGGCUUAUAAAGUACAACUUUUAAAUUUUGGUAAGGUGCAACUAUUAUAAAUCACUAUUUUACUUGUAUUUUUUAUGUUUAUUUACUGGUUUAACCAAACAUGUUAUAUUUAAUCUGUUGAGAUUCUUUAUGAAAUUACAUGGCCACUCGUCAUGAAAAAUGUGAAAAAUCUGAAGGGCGAUGCCUUUGUUUUGAUGACAUGCUUCAUAUUUUCAGUUAAUUAAAGAAGCAGGAAACAGGAUUCGUUUAUGCAACUCCCAUACAGUACUUUCGACUGAGUUCAGCCUAAGCUCCGGAGUUGAAUAAUCAAUGCGCUUCCAAGAAUUAUUGCUAGUUUUUCUAGCAUUGUUUCCUACAGUUUUUACACAAAGUGUUGAGCAUGCUUCACUUGUGAUUGAAACAACCAAACGGAUCGGAAAUACCGAUGCUAAUUAUAUAUGCGCUACCCUUGAUUGGUGGCCUCACGAUAAGUGUAACUACAACCAAUGCCCCUGGGGUUUUUCAUCUGUGACAAACCUGGAUUUAUCUCACCCUUUUCUGGCAAAUGCUAUCCAAGCUUUUCAUGGUUUGAGAUUACGACUUGGGGGUUCAUUGCAAGACCAAGUUCUUUAUGAUGUGGGAAGUCUGAAGGCUCCCUGCCAUCCCUUUAGGAAGCAGAAUGAUGGGCUGUUUGGAUUUUCUAAAGGAUGCCUACAUAUGGGCAGGUGGGAUGAGUUAAACAGCUUCUUCAGGAAGACAGGAGCACUUAUUACGUUCGGUUUGAAUGCAUUACAAGGGAGACAGAGGAUGCAAAAACAGUGGAGAGGAAACUGGGAUUCCAGUAAUGCCCAUGACUUUAUCAACUACACCAUUUCCAAGGGUUACCACAUAAGCUCGUGGGAAUUUGGCAACGAACUGUGUGGUCCUGGUGUUGGUGCCAGUGUUGAUGCUGGACAAUAUGCAAAGGAUAUGAUCAGACUGAAGUCUGUCAUUAAUCAACUGUAUGGGAACACACAUCCAAAACCCCUUCUACUGGCACCAGGAGGGUUCUAUGAUAAGUUGUGGUUUGAGCACUUCCUUGAUGCUUCGGGACCAUCCAUUGUCAAUGCCUUGACACAUCAUAUAUAUAAUCUCGGACCAGGAUCUGACCCCAAUCUCAUAAGCAGAAUUCUAAAUCCGGAGUACUUGAAUAAGAUAUCAGAUACAUUUGAAAGUGUUUCGCAAACCAUUCAUGCAAAUGGUCCUUGGGCUUCAGCUUGGGUUGGAGAAGCUGGCGGUGCCUAUAAUAGUGGUGGUUCGAAAGUGUCCAAUGCCUUCGUUGACAGUUUCUGGUAUGUCGAUCAGCUUGGGAUGGCAGCCAAGUACAAUACAAAAGUCUAUUGCCGGCAAAGCUUAAUCGGUGGGAACUAUGGGCUUCUUGACACAAGCACUUUUUCCCCAAAUCCAGAUUAUUACAGUGCACUUGUUUGGCAUCGGCUGAUGGGGCGAGGAGUGCUUGAUGUGAACAGACAUGCAUCACCAUACCUACGUGCUUAUGCUCACUGCACAAAAGAAAGAGCUGGUGGUGUCACCCUUCUUUUGAUCAACCUAAGCAACCAAACAAGGUUCACUAUUGACAUUGAAUCCAGGACAAGCGUCGACCUGCGGCAUGCCAGAGUGAUAACAAAUCACAAGAAAAAACGAUCCUUCCUGCACCGUAUCAAGGAACUCGUUUCAUGGAUGGGAAGCAAAUCAUCUCAAGUCCCGCUGUAUCGAGAAGAGUACCAUCUUACUCCACAAAAUGGGGAUCUCCAAAGCAGAAUCGCAUUGCUGAACGGACGCCCGUUACAACUUACAGAAAACGGAGAUAUCCCUCUGCUUUCACCACUCCUUCAAAAUGUGAACUCUCCCAUUGCUAUAUCCCCGUUGUCGAUCAAAUUCAUUGUUUUCCCCAAUUUCAUCGCUCCAACUUGCCGGGAGAUCUGACAAAUGCCAAUUCAGCUUGCAAAUGAUUUGGUUGCAUCCUCCAUGCAAAUGCGUGGGUUAUAUAUGUUAGCACAAUAUCAUGUCUAUCACUGGCUUCUGUUGCAAUGUUUUGGCCGUUUAGAUUUUAUUUCCACGUGAUGAGUUUAUUUGAUUUGAUUUAAUUUGAUUCAUAUAUUAUAAAAUAGCAAUACGCACGAACGGAUGAAUACGCCAACAUCAAUAAAGCGAUUUUACAAUUUAUUUAUUUAAUGCAGUCGUUUGUUUGUUUA